GGGAUUGUGGAUUCUCAGCGUCUGAGGACAGGGGGGGUUCCAGCUUCAGUGGCUGGGCGGCACGGGUUGGUUGAAAGGUUCGGCUUUGGAGAUGGGAGAAUUGUCCUCUUCAACAACACUCGAAUCUUGCUUCUGGUAUCGGUACAGCUCGGAUGAUUGAGGAUGGCCACGAUGCAGCACCCGCCGCAGCACAACUACACGAACUCAUCCCCGUCCAUCCAGACCGGGCCUACCGCGCGAUCUUCGUCAAACCUACGGACGCUGCCAGCGAGGAACGUGGAUGGCGCAUCGAUAGAAGAUGCCUAUGUUGCAUUCAUUCUCUAUUGCAACCCGGGCGUGCCCUUGGAGACUGACACAGCAGCUCUGAGGGAGGGAUUCCGCACCCCGCCAAAGAGCGGAGGCAAGACCUUUAGCACGCUCGCGUUAUUCGACCUCAUUAAGAAGCUAGAGACAAAGGAACUGAGGACAUGGGCCGAGCUGGCGUUGAAAUUGGGCGUUGAGCCACCGGAUCAGGAGAAGGGCCAGAGUUCACAGAGAGUCCAACAGUAUGCUGUUCGACUCAAGCGGUGGAUGAAAUCAAUGCAUGUGGAUGCCUUCUUCGAGUAUCUCAUUGGCCGCCCCUCUCCCUACUGGACCGAGAUACCCUCGGAGCAUCUCCCGAUCGCUGAACUUGAGCGGGAUGGCGUGGCAGCGGAGGAUGACAUGGCUCUGCGGGCGCUCCUCCCUCAGAUCAAGCCGCGGAGAGGGAAGAGAAGACCUGAGGAAGAUGAGACAGGGAAAUCACCUUCACAACGCCCGUCUCCGCGGGCUGAUGAAUACGGGAUCGGAGGACGUACUGAGGUGACGGCGAUGGAGCCAUGGACGGCGCAGCCAGACGGGAGAGAAAGCGUUUUUUUAUUCCCCCCGGUGCCCGAUUCUUCGAGGCUGAACGCACCAGGACACUCGUGGACAAACACCGACAUCGUCCAAACGCCCAUGUCUGCUUGUCCGAUGCCCCAAUCCGCCAUCACACCGUCGACCAGGAACGCUUUUUGGGCGGACGAACCGAAGUCAGCCAUCGUCCCUUCGAAGCCCAGGUCAAGCAGACGCCAUGGAGCGAAGGUGGUUUCCUCGGCAUGGCGAAGCGGUGGCAUUGGCGCAAAGGGCAAGACACGCGGUCGCCCUCCCAUCAAUCGCGGUGCCAAUAAUGAGGGACCUUUCUCGGCUUUCCCGGUCUCAGACACGCCCGUUUUCAGAUUCCCCUCUCCAACCCCCGAUAAAAGCGCCAGACCGCAGGAAUCCGCAGCCUCAACUGUGGACAACGCUCUCACGGCGUCAAUAACCGUCGCACAACAGGGCUCUACUGCUCAUCCUCCUCCACCCGCGUCCUAUCCCCAGCCGACACAGAACGCAAGCAACGUAUCACCGGUUCAGGAGGCAGCGCCGCCGCGGCCGGCAAAACGCAGCAGGCUCUCAUUGCAGGUGCCCGAAAGGGUAGGGGGCGAAGUUCGACUGGCGACUCCCCCCUUGUCUGAGCCGGCAGUGCCGCCAGUCGUCAUGGUCAACGGGCAGACAGCUGGUGCCGAGCCACGUGUCGAGCCGGCAACCACGGCGCCAAGUGGAAGCAGGGAGAGCAGGGUCAACAAUAUCUUCACCCGAGCCUCGGGAACCCUAGUCGGGUCGUCUCUCCCGCCGGGGUUCACGCUGGGCGGGGAACAGCGCAGUUUCUCUCAAGACCCGACGGACCGCACCAACGUGGACGAGAUCGAGGCCCUGUUCGUGUCGAGCAUCCUCCAAGCAGACUGGUAUGACGCGAAGCAGAACCGGAUCCCGCCGUGCGGCGUCGACGAGGCAUACGCCUUCGCCCAGCGGGUCAUCGACAACCUGCAAAAGGCCGCCACCACCAAGGAGGCCUUCCUGAUCAACCUGUCUGCGUUGGCGGGAGGCAAGCUGCUGAUGCACAGGGGCAGCUUGCGCGUUACUCGUCUUGAGGAACUGCCGGACCGCACGCGCUACUCGUGCAACUGGCAGCUCCGGUUCGGGGAUAUCGUCGGCGACAUGGCCAUGGAGGAGACGGUGAUGCACGAGAAGUGGAAGAAGCCGAAGGGGGCCGACCAAGGGAGCAGCACCGGCACGGGCACAACAGCCGCCUCCGCUACGCCGAAAGGCGCCGGUGGGCCGCAGUCCGAGGCGGAAUGGGAGCGCAAGUACAGGGAGGUUGCGAACACUUUGCAGCAGCGAGACGAAGAGCUGAUGCGGCUCAGGGCGAAGGUCCUUGACUCGAUCCGAGACCGCUGAGAGCCGGUGGUCAGGCAGUUAGGGGGUGGUUGCUUUGAUUUGGCGAGUUGCUUUGUAGCGCUUUACGAUACCCAUAUCCAUAUGCAAUCAGAUAAUAAGAGCAUGAAGAUCUUAUGCCGGUUUGUCACGCAAGACUGCGAAAUUCAUCGUCUCUGCACCCCUACCUUAGGAAACGCCUACACGAGACC